UUCUCUUCUCUCUCUUUUUUUUCAGCAUGAUUGGAGCACGAGUUCUUCUCUGUGUGGUGCUGCUCAACUACGUUAUUGGCAUGGCCAAUGGCCACGGGUGGAUGAUGGACCCGGUCCCGCGGUCCGGUGGCGGACAGGGCUCGGGCAACGCAUCGACGUCGGGCCCGUGUGGUAAGGCUGGCUCUGUCACCCCAGUGGCGACGUGGACGACCGGACAGACGGUGGUGGUUCAGUACAAGCGGGCGAACAACCAUGGAGACACGAGCAACGCAGUCGACUUUACUCUCUCGCUUCCUGCUGGCGGCAAGACCAACCCGCAGCCCGCCGACUUUGAGGCGAACGGCGACGACAUCAUCGAGGUCAUCUCGAAAGCUCUGAUGGACGUGACCGUCUCGACGGCGCAGUCGGCGUCGUUUGUGGUGCCGGACUUUAACCUCUCGGCGGAUGCCACGGCGGCGCUCCAGUUCCACUGGACGCCGACUAGUGGCGCCAGCUGGUACGACUGCGCGUGGGUCACCAUCACGGCGCCGCCGGCCAACAACCCGUGCCUGCAGACCGCCAACGGUGGGUGCCACGCCAACGCGACGUGCACGCCGGCGCAAACUGGCGGCACCCGGACGUGCGCCUGCCGUGUCGGCUACAUCGGCGACGGCAUCACCUGCGAGGAGGCGCCGGCGCCGAUCACGGUCGAGCUCGAGGUCAAGGGCCUCAACGUCAACCAGAACACCUUUACGGCUAACAUUGCCUUUGUGCUCGGUCUCCCGACCUCGCGCAUCCUCUACGACCGGUCGGAAGAGUUGCGCUCCAAGGGCAACUCGCGCGUCUACUUUUCCAUUACGGCGGCGCAGGAUGGCUCGUCGCCCGAGCCGGAGAUCCUCAAGCUCCGCAACAUGUUCCUGCAGGACGACGAGAAGCUUGACGACCUCGACCUCACCCUUGUCGAGCUCAAGCUCGGGAACGACCCGACCGAGUAUGAGUUCAAGGAGGGCGGCCAGCCGCUGCCUGGCGCGACGACUUCGUCGCCGUCCGGCCGCUCGGCCGGUGAGACCGCCGGCCUUGUCAUCGGCAUCAUCAUUGGUGUCGCCGUCUUUGCCGCCAUCGCCAUCGCCGCUGCCUUCUUCAUGAUCAAGAAGCACUCGUCCGGCUCCUCGCUCCCGGCCUACUACCCGACCAAGGAGACUGUCCAGGCCGAGAACCAGUACACUGCCGGCGGCGCCUCGGGCACCACCUACGAUCGCUCGAACAACUACGCGUAAGGCUGGCGUUUUUUUGAGAGGAUGCACACAAUGAACAUCGUUGCAGCCAU